AUAGAAGCUCCACGAUGCUCAUACUUUCCCUUGUUAACGAGUCAAGUUAGAAAGUAUUUUGGGGACAUGAUGUUAAAUUUUAUUGGAGACGACGCAGACAUAUGGUAUGACGUUGAUGGGACCCCAUUAAAGUGGCACUAUCCUAUAGGACUAUUGUUCGAUCUGCACACCGGAUAUCGUCCGGAUUCCAAUAGCCCUCCACCUUUACCGUGGCCCGUGACUGUACAUUUCAAGAAUUUUCCAGCGGAAAAAUUAAUACGAGCGAACGCCAUAGAUGCUACACAGGAUUUUUUUAUGUCCAUGAUCAAAGAGGCCGAUUUCCUUAGAAAUGGAAGCACAAAAAAAGUAAUGAAUUUGUCAAAGAAUGACCAAACGCAGUUGUGGGAUGGACUGUGGUCCAAAAACUAUGAUCGAUUCUGGAGCGUGAACUAUCGUUUGGUUAUCAACGAUGGACAAACCCCGAGACACAUUCCACUACGAAUAUACUUGCCCGAUAAUUGUCCGGUGAUACAGGAACCAGUAUCGCCUGUCGACGAAAGCGGAAACAAGCUCACACUAGGGAAUAUAUUGCAUCAGGUCCUUCCGGAAUUAUUUACAUCACCUUUACCCAGCGAAAAUGCUUUUGCCGUACCAGUGAUUCACGGCGUAAUUCCGCAACUGGACAUGCCUAUAAUUUGGGCAUCACAAAAUCUUUGUUAUCCUGAUAAUUUCCUACAUAUUGUCGUUCUUUUAGGGAUAUAA